CAUGUCUACUGGACUGCUUUGAAUUUAGUGACAGGCACACAUCAGAAAACCUGGCUGAAGAGCUCCACCGAGUGGCAAGAGAGUGGGGGAUGGAGAACAAAGUUGUGUGUUGUGUCACAGAUAAUGCAGCCAAUAUAACAAAAGCCAUUCAGCUGCUGAAAUGGACACACCAUCCAUGCCUGGCUCACACCAUAAAUCUGUUUGUGAGAAAUGCUCUGAAGGCUAUAAAGCCCACUGUGGAUAAAGUAAAGGCCAUAGUGGAAUUUUUCCACAGAAGCACAGCAGCCACCCAAAAACUGAAAUCCACCCAACGGCAGAUGUCUAUGGCAGAGCUGAAGCUCAAACAGGAGUGUGUCACCCGGUGGAAUUCGGCAUUCCAUAUGAUCCAGCGAAUCCUGGAAUCUAAGGAUGCGGUUAUCGCAACAUUGGCGGUCAUCAACGCACCUGUGGCUCCUCUCAGCCAAGAGGAGUGGGAGGCUCUGCAAGAGGCCUGCAGCGUCCUGGAGCCCUUUGACCAGGUCACAGUGGAGAUCAGCGCAGAGAGGUAUGUUACUGCCUCCAAAAUGCUCAUACUGUGCAGGGGUCUUCAGAGGGUGACAACAGAGCACCAGAGCAGAGUCACCACAGCGUGCGUGAAGGAUCUGGUGAAUUCCCUCUCUUCAAGCAUGGACAAAAAAUUCCACCGGAUGGAAUACAAUGCAGUUCUGUCCGAAACCACCAUCCUCGACCCCCGCUUCAAAAAGGCGGCCUUUAGUGACAACAGAGCAAUCGACGAAGCCCUCCAAAGAAUUACCACAGCAGCAUCCAGGCAUAGGCAGUCAUCUCACCUGCAAGGGGGUCAUGGAGGAGAGGAGGGAGCAGCAGCACAUGAGCCGGAGGAGCCCCAAGCAUCGGCUGUUUGGAGGUUUUUUGAGGAGCGGGCAAGCGGAGACACUGCACCCAGGAAUCCUACAGCUGAUGCUAUUCUGGAGGUGAGGUCCUACCUUGAGGAGCCUCUUUUCCAGCGCAGUGCCGACCCACUGAGGUGGUGGGAGACAAAGGCACUGAUCUAUCCACAGCUCUCUUACGUGAUGGCACGUAGACUGUGCAUAGUGGCAACAUCCGUCCCAUCAGAGAGGAUCUUCUCCAAAACUGGACAGAUCAUAACUGAGAGAAGGAACAGGAUCAGCCCUGCCAAGCUUAGACACCUGGUGUUUCUCAACGCCAAUCUAAGUCUUUGAGUGAUACAGUGAGUUCCUUGUCUCUAUAGUGGUUCAAAACUUGUGUUGUUCACAUGUGUUUUAUACUUUAAUUUAAUAGCACUAUAGGUCUAAAUAAUACUUGAAAUUAUGCCUUUUUGGCAUGAAGCUGCUUUAAUACUUUUCUCAUACUGUGAUGGGUAUCUGUGUUUAAUACAGUGAGUGAGUGGUUCAAAACUUGUGUUUUGUUUUGUCAUAGUGUUAUACUUAAAUUUAAAAGCACUUUAUUUGAUAUUUGUAUUGUGGCUUUUCUGUUAUCAAGUUGCUUUGAUUGCCUACUUUUUUGUAUUGUGGUGGGUGUUUGUUUGUAUUUAUAUUUAACUGUUCAAUUUUUUCUAGUUAUUUUUUUUGGAAGUGGUGCUAUUUUGUAAGACACCAAAUGACGGAAUCUGACGUAACGAACGAAUCAAAACGAACGAAUCAAACAAACGAAUCGUCAUAGUGAACUGAACUGAAA